UAACUGGGCAGCCCUGCAGCAGCUACAGGUUCAUGAAGUGUUGGUGAAAUAAUUAUUAUCGAAAAGAAGAAGAAAAAUAUACACCUGUGUGUUAAAACUGCAACAUGUCUGAAUAUGAGACAUUUCAACAUGGCAAGCCUCGUUUCGAUCAGAACAAAUUUUCUGGGCGGUUCAGGCACUUCCUGGAUGUGAUCGACCCCAGCACACUCUUCGUUUCAGAGAAACGUCUGCAGGAGUCUGUGGAGCUGCUCGACCGUUUUAAACAAGGAACUCUGCCUCCAGGAGUUACUGAUGCUCAGCUUUGGCAAGCUCAAAAAAUAAAGCAGGCCAUCAUCCACCCUGACACGGGAGAGAAGAUCCUCAUGCCCUUUCGGAUGUCAGGUUUUAUCCCAUUUGGCACACCAGUGGUUGUUGGCCUCCUUCUCCCAAAUCAAACGUUAGUGUCCACGAUCUUCUGGCAGGUGUUAAACCAGAGUCACAAUGCCUGUGUGAACUACUCCAACCGCAACGCCUCCAAGCCGGCUCCAGCCUCUAAAUUCUUCCAGGGAUACCUCGGAGCGGUGACCAGCGCAGUCUCCAUCGCUGUGGGGUUGAACGUGUUGAUCCAGAAAUCGAGCCGCUUCAGCCCCACCACCAGGCUGCUGGUGCAGAGGUUCAUCCCCUUCCCAGCAGUGGGUGAGUUCAAAGGGCUCAGGGAAACAACUAUGGGAUGGAUAGGG